AUGCGCUUCGGGACUCCUCGGCAACUCGGCGCCGUGUCGCUGGCACUGGCAGCAGCGACGUAUGGAAAAGGGGAAAUCGUCACCGACGUGUGCAUUCUCGGAGGUGGCGGAACGGGAGCCUAUGCUGCGGCUCAGUUUAUCAGUCGCGGAUAUAGCGUUGCCGUCGUUGAGAAAGAGGACCAUCUAGGUGGGCAUGCGCACACCCUGUACCUCGGCGGCGGCCACUUUGAGUAUGGAGUCGGUGGAUACUUCAAUCUGGAGAUCACCAGGAACUUCUUCGACCUCGUCGGUGUGCCGUACCAGAACUUUACUGCGCCUGCCGCCACCUAUGACUUUAUUAACUUCGAGACGGGUGAAAGGGUCAACCCGGGACACUCACUCGAUCCGUACACGGCUGCUUCUCAGUACCUAGCGACACUCCAGGAGUUCGAUUACCUUUAUUCAGGCGCAUACUAUCUCCCCGAUGAAGUUCCUGAGGUUCUCCUCCGUCCAUUUGGGGAGUUUGUCCAGGAACAUUCCUUGCAAGGCGUGCUGCACUUCGUCCAGACCUGGACCGAGCCCGUGGGUAAUCUUCUGGAGACGCCGCUGCUAUACGUGAUACAGUGCUUCAGCCUGUCACCUAUCGAUGGCUUCGUGUUGGAGGGAUAG